GUGGAGCUGCCGGCGGAGCCCGGCCCGAGCUCCCUCGACUUCGCGUGUCCCGGGCGUCCGUCGGGGGCCGAGGUGCCUCCCGCAGGGAGUCCCCGUGAGGCCGCGCUCCCGCGUUAUCCGCAGCGGCCGGGGGUCCGGGGAGUGCGGGGCUCCGAGACCGAGCGGGGCGCCCCCCAGCGGUCGGCGCGGGCCCCAUGGCUGGGCCGGGCGGAGCGGAACCGGUGAGGUGAAGCCCGGGGGCCGGCAGCCGGAGCGCGUGGCGGGGGCGCCGGCUCCAUGGGCAGCGGCACACGGCGGCGCGAUGAUGGACGUUAACAGCAGCGGCCGCCCAGACCUCUACGGGCACCUCCGCUCUUUCCUUCUGCCAGAGGUGGGGCGCGGGCUGCCCGACCUGAGCCCCGACGGUGGCGCCGACCCGGUCGCGGGCUCCUGGGCGCCGCACCUGCUGAGCGAGGUGACAGCCAGCCCCGCGCCCACCUGGGACGCGCCCCCGGACAAUGCCUCCGGCUGUGGGGAACAGAUCAACUACGGCAGAGCCGAGAAAGUUGUGAUCGGCUCCAUCCUGACGCUCAUCACGCUGCUGACGAUCGCGGGCAACUGCCUAGUGGUGAUCUCCGUGUGCUUCGUCAAGAAGCUCCGCCAGCCCUCCAACUACCUGAUCGUGUCCCUGGCGCUGGCCGACCUCUCGGUGGCCGUGGCGGUCAUGCCCUUCGUCAGCGUCACCGACCUCAUCGGGGGCAAGUGGAUCUUUGGCCACUUUUUCUGUAACGUCUUCAUCGCCAUGGACGUCAUGUGCUGCACGGCCUCGAUCAUGACCCUGUGCGUGAUCAGCAUUGACAGGUACCUUGGAAUUACAAGGCCCCUCACCUACCCUGUGAGACAAAAUGGGAAAUGCAUGGCGAAGAUGAUUCUCUCCGUCUGGCUUCUCUCUGCCUCCAUCACUUUACCUCCGCUCUUUGGAUGGGCUCAGAAUGUAAAUGACGAUAAGGUGUGCUUGAUCAGCCAGGACUUUGGCUACACGAUUUACUCUACCGCAGUGGCAUUUUAUAUCCCCAUGUCCGUCAUGCUUUUCAUGUACUACCAGAUUUACAAGGCUGCCAGGAAGAGUGCUGCCAAACACAAAUUCCCUGGCUUCCCUCGAGUGGAGCCAGACAGCGUCAUCGCCCUGAAUGGCAUAGUGAAGCUCCAGAAGGAGGUGGAAGAGUGUGCAAACCUUUCGAGACUCCUCAAGCAUGAAAGGAAAAACAUCUCCAUCUUUAAGCGGGAACAGAAAGCAGCCACCACCCUGGGGAUCAUCGUCGGGGCCUUUACCGUGUGCUGGCUGCCAUUUUUCCUCCUCUCGACAGCCAGACCCUUCAUCUGUGGCACUUCCUGCAGCUGCAUCCCACUGUGGGUGGAGAGGACAUUUCUGUGGCUAGGCUAUGCAAACUCUCUCAUUAACCCUUUUAUAUAUGCCUUCUUCAACCGGGACCUGAGGACCACCUAUCGCAGCCUGCUUCAGUGCCAGUACCGGAACAUCAACCGGAAGCUCUCAGCUGCAGGCAUGCAUGAAGCCCUGAAGCUUGCUGAGAGGCCAGAGAGAGCUGAGUUUGUGCUGUAAGACAAAACGCUGACUACUGUAGAAAAAAAGGUCAUGAUUCAUGAUCGAAAGCAGAACAAUGGAGAUGAAAUAAACAAGGCAAAUUAGAGGUGGAAACAGAAGGAAGUCAUUUGCUGAGACUGCAGAAUGGAAUACGACUUCUCUCCUUUCUUGGGAUGUCUAAAACGUGACAAACAGGGUGAUCUGUUGUACACAUUACCUUACAAGGGAGAUGGUGACUUCUCCUUUUUUCUGUGGAUCAGUGCUGUUGUGUGUUCUCAGUUUAAGAUAGCAGAUCAUCUCAGCAGUAAGCACACCGACAGAACUGAGUUCCACAAAGGAAGCAGUUUCUGGUGCUUUGCAUAUGUCCAAAUCCAUGCAAGUGGGAGAAAGUUCCAAUGCACACUUCCCAUGCUUCUGAGUCUUGGUGUUGUGGUGAAUAUACAGGAAUCAUUCCUGAGACAGAAUGUAUUUUGUUGUAUGACAGAAGGCUUUUCCAAGCAAACUGCAGUGAGUGUAGUGUUGAAUAUGUUGCAUGUCUAUGUUAGAAAACAGAAUCCAGUCAUCAGCUAAUACAAAUGAUUUCCCAGAGCAGUGUUUGUUUCAAGCUUCUGUCAAAUAGUUUGGCUUUUCUGCAGGGUCUCUGUGAUUUCCCCACCAAUGUACUUUCUUUGUUAACUCACUUAUUAUGGUAUAACUCAGGAACAGGUCUCAGGAUGGAGAGAAGCAUAUAACUUGAGCAAAGCUUUUUGUUGUGCUCUGAAGGGUCUUGAGGGGUGAGGGUGAUGCCUUCUGUGAGGAUUUUUAUCGCAGUGAAGCUCAAGUGGUACCCAACUGCAUUGUAAUUAACAUGAUUAUUGGCAUGCUUUUGACUCUCAUUUUCUACCAGGCUGCAGUGGGCCCACCCAUGGGCUGGCCCAUAACUGUAUGUUAUGUGGAAGAAGUGUGGGAAUGAUGGGUUUUCCAUGAAAUGUUGUGAUGCUUCUGGAGAUGGGGCAUAAACAUGUUCAUUCUUGUUGAGCUGCAUUGUAUUAAACCAAAUUGUGUGAAGCAAGGUCACCUGGACCACUCUUGGGAAAUGCUUCAGAACACCAGUCUGUUCCUUCUAGAGAAUUUGUUUUUGUGUUCUCUGUAUCUUAAAUCAAAUGUGUGCCUAAGCAAUUCCGUCCUCUGAUUCCCACCCCUACCCACCAAAAAAUGGUAGACAUGAAGGGCAGGUAAGGAAACAGAAAAGGUCUCUUUGUGGAUAUAUAUUUUUUAAAUGGCACUAUGUAGCAAUUAAGAGCUAAGGAGACAGAAAGACAGCAGAUGAGAAUAGAAGAGUACCUGUACCUACAAGGGGAAAAAUGAAUGCAAUUCUUUAUUUGAUAAGAGAGAACUGAAAGAUAAUAUUAUUUUCCUACAAUAAAGCAAGCUGUCCUGUCACAGGAUAAAGUGGAAUUCCGACAUGGAUUAUGGACUUCUUCUAACUCCCAUUGACAUUGCUUCUUACCAGACAUGGGGAAGAGUUGCCUUUCCUGAAUGGGGAGGAGGGCACUGUCCUUUCAGACAAAGCUUGUAUAAAUUCCUGAACCGCAAAUUUGCUAAAGUGACCGUAUAUAUUAUAUUCAUAAUUUAAAUGAUUAUUUAUGGUCAGAUACAUAUUGUUAAACUUGAAAAUGUUUUAUUACAUUACAUCAAAUAAAGUUUAUUUGUAGCUGAAAUAAAGCAAUGUAAGUAAAAAUUUUUAAUUAAA